AUGGAGGAAGUCGUGCCUCUGAACACCGUUGAGGUGGUGGACCCCGAUGUCCGCUCCCACGUCUACAGCUUGGUCACUGCACUAGGAGGAUUCAAUGGCGCAGAUGCGGAUCACUAUGUGCUCGGAGACGAUGCCUUGGCCUGUUUGCGCGAUAUCAAGCGGUGGCUAAAGCUGUACGAUGAAAAGUUCAAUCGUAUGGAUGUUGCACGGUGCCUGGGGGAAGCGAACCUGGUCAAUGGCGACCUGCUACAGAUUCUGUCCCUCUGGUGGAAUGGCAAUCAGCAAAGCAAAUACAUGUCGAGAAUUGCAUUGGCUUGCGUGGAGUUAUUAGUGCCCUUGACUUGGCCAUUGGAGGUCCAUGGCGAAAUGACAGUCAACCACCACCGCCACAUACCUUACCUGCAGCAAGCGCAGGUAUCCUACAAACGCGGUAUCCUCAAUAAUGGUAGCUGCGGUCUUUUGAGAGCUGUCAUCCGCAUCGGCCUUCCUAGCAUGGCGACCCCACGAUCCGAACGUACGACUAGGGACGAAGGAAUACUCAAGAUUAUGCUGUACUUGCUUAGGAAUAUUGCUAUAAUCUCUGCCAAUGCGCGUCUCGCGGCAGAAGGAGAAGAGGAGGAAGCAUCGAGGUCGGCGACCAUCAACGCUUUCCAGGACCAAGACGUUUUCGCCUUACUGCUCACAUUGUGCUCGAACGUCAGCGACGACUUUAACAUGCUGGAUAUCGCGCUUCUCGAAACACUGUUUCACAUUGUCAAGGGUGUAAACGUCGAGAAGCUCUUCAUGAACGAUGCUCAGCGAAGCGCCAAGCGCACAGAUGAACUGAACGAUCUGCUUCAGCAAGAGUCAUCCUUGCGAAGGGAAUACGCAAAGAAUGCCCCGACUCGCCAUGGCCGCUUCGGAACCAUGAUCUGGGUCAAGCGAGACGAUGCAAAAGUGUCGACGGUCUCAGGACAGGAUGUGCUCAAAGACGGCCAAAAGACCCUCGACAAGAUGGAUCAAACAAAGAAAUGGAACAGGCCUCGACGGGCUAGAAAGGGACAGGACGUGACGUUGGACAACGAUUUCAACACACCAGCACACCUCAACCAGAGAGCCUCGACCAAUCUGCGCAUGUUUGUCGAAGAGUUUUUGGACUCCGGGUUCAACCCGCUCUUCGUCCUUGUGAGAAAGGCCAUCGAGCGAGAAUCGGUCCGUGUGCUCCCCAUAAACAAGCGCCACUUUCUUUAUACGGUGUCCUGGUUCCUCGAGGCAGAGCGCGUUCGCCGCGCGCGCCAACGUGAAAAGCGAGCGCAGAGUGAGAAACAGGGCAAAGAGCUGGAACCAGAUAGUUUCGGGCUAGUUGCUGGUGUGUUUAACCAGGAGACGUUUGUUUUUCUGAACCGGUCGAUGCAGUACAGCCUUGAUAAUAAGGAGUGGGAGGACCUUAAUGCUGCGAUGAGGUGUUUUACGCAGAUUCUACUGACGGUACAGGAGAUGGCUCAGUCACCACUGGAGGAGGACCAGGAGAUUGCCGAAAACAUUCAGAAUCGCAUUUUCUACGAGGAGACAACUCAUGAUCGCAUUUUAGCCAUCACCCGAGGAUAUACUGAUCAAGGGUUCGGCUACCUGGACGCCUGCACCGAGUUAUCUCAUGUGUUCUUGCGCAUGUUGGAGCGAUAUUCAAAAGAGAAUGUUGAUCUGCAUGUGCGCUCGCGGCGACGGGCUCGAAAGAAGAAGCGCGAUGAAAAACCGAGUAACGAUGGUGAUGACGAAGACCAGAAAUCAGAAGACGAAGACUACGCAGAGGCCGAACGAAUGUCGAAAGAACGCAAGUUUGAUUUUACUCGUUUCGCCGCCAAGUUUUGCAACCAGAAAUGUGUCGACACCUUUGUCAAUUUCACCAAAUUCUACAAGGAGUUGGACACCGAGCAGCUGAAGCGCGCUCAUCGGUAUUUUUAUCGGAUAGCAUUCAAGCAAGAGAUGACCGUGCUAUUAUACCGCGUUGACAUCCUCAACCUAUUUUAUCGGAUGAUCAAGGGACCUGGCGGGAUAGAUUCCAGCAAGCCCAUCUUUAGGGAAUGGGAGGAGCUGGUGCGGCAGCUCGUGCGCAGACUUUUGAAGAAACUUGAACAACGACCUGCGUUGAUUACAGAGCUACUCUUUAGCAAGAUCAACUCGACCGCAUUCUACCUCGAGUACGGUUAUGAGAAGCAGACGGUAUCCAUCAGCAAAAGAGCCCCCCCUGAACUCGAGGUUGAUCCCAGGGCCGCUUCAACCCUGGAGGAUAAGCUCAGCAUUGUGGUGGCUGCUUUGGUCAAGGAUGAGCAAACAACACUCGCCAAAUGGAUUAGUGAUGUUUUAGUGUCGGCGGCAGACGAAAGGGAGGCUUGGGAAGCGCAACAGGCUGUUCAAGUCGGCGAGGGCGAAGAGCGUUCCAAUGUCUCGAACCCUAUCAUCGCUGUCAAGCCGCGGGACGAGUCAUGCAAAAGAGCCAUGUUUUCAAACGCCAAGCUCCGACUUUUAAUGACGUUGGUGGGCUUCGAGCGACUAGGGCAGGAGAACGUGGAAGGUAUAUCUUGGGUUAUCCCUUCGUCCUCAAGUUCAACCGAGUUAAGGGAGUCAAAAUCCAUCAUCGAUAAGGCACUAGUGAUUGGUGCUACAGAUGACCGCGACCCGCGAGAUCUGCUCCGUCGGAAAUAUGGCAACGAAUCCAGAGGGUCUGCUGAGCAAACGACGCUUGAUGUUAAUUUCGGAUCCGACUCGGAGGGCGAAGAUAUCGUGCCCGAUGGGCCGUUGUUCCCACCAAACCCUCGAUCGAAAAGCAAUGCGCUCGAUGAGUUGAAGAAGAAGAGGAAGAAAAGAAAGGACAAGGGUGAAGCGGAACCCCUAGACGAAGAGACAUUGGAAGAGCGCCGCAUGGCUCGCGAUGAAAAUGCGAGGGCGCGUCUAGCAAAGAUCAAGAGCGAUCUGUUUGUGCAUGCUAGCGAUGAGGAAACCGAUGACGAGGCAGAUGAGGAGUUCUUCCGUCUCGAGGAAGAAAGACGCAAAGAACAAUCAGAGCGUAUCAAGAAGGCGCUGCUCCUUGGAAGGACUGAGGCGCCUAGUGAUACGUCUAAGAAGAAGAAGCGAGGUAAACGCGCCAACGAGACCAACACUGCUGGAGAAACUGAAGCCGGUGGGAAACGUCGACGACGCAGUUUCGCUACUCCAGAGCUGAAUGACGAUGAUGAUGUUCUUAUGGGCGAUUUAGGCACACCUCCGCGCGCAUCCUCACUGGGAGACUUGUCUAUUAAUGCCAAUGGCGCGGACAAAGAUGCUCUGACAAAUCCAUCUGGCGACGAGCUCGACAUUGACGACCUAGCGUUUGGUCAGGGCCGUGAGAAGACGUUGGAGCUGCGCCCUUCCGAUGAGGCCUCUAAUCCCAGAGGGGAUGCGACGAACGAGGAAUACGAAGACGAUGCGCCAGUAUCGGCUCCAGCCCGUAGACGCAUUCGGGCAGGGUUCGUGAUAGAUAGUGACUCGGAAUAG